AGCAUUUAAUUUUCGUUUUCUUUAACCUCACGAUUGUGAACCGUUUCUCGGUUGAUUUGGUAGCCUAGGAACGCUAAUACUACGCUACCCCAAAUGGAAUUUUAAUGAUAAUUCGUGCAAUGCAGUCACCAUAAUGCUAUUAUUGCUCCGUUCAGUUCCAUUGGCGAUGAGUGAAUUAUGCUUUUGCGUUGUUAUUUCUUUAUCCGGGCACGUCUCGAGCUUCGUACACCGCCAGCACGUUCACGGCACCGGGUCCACGUGUUGAGCCUAAUUUAAUCGAUUGCUGCUAAAAAUUGCUCAACAAGUCUGCCAGCCAAGGCAACGAGGCUGCUGGGAUGGGCCGAUUCUUCCCCAGCACGCACCUUCUCAAAACGAUCUUGAUGGAGCGCUGUAAUGUGGUAACAUGUUACGCGGUCUUUGCGCAACGAUGCCACCAGAUGGCAGAUGGAGAACAAUGAAGUGACAUUGUGAAAAGGCAAUUUGUUCUCAUUCGCGAACGGGUGUAUCGCGAUUUCAACCCACCGACCGACGUGCAGGAUAAACAUUGCCCUCGCAUCGAUCCGCACUCGAGGUUGGCUGUUAUUUCGACGUGGUUAUGAUAAUGGCAUGGUAAAUGGUUAUCAUGCGUCUGACAUCAGCCAAACACAUCGCGAACAACUUCGCGAAGAAUCGAGAUAGCUUUUGUGCUAGCUCAACCGUCGUUCAAUUUACAUCUUUCGCUCCCCAAGACCAAGUACUUUACCAUGGAGUCUUACCAUGGACCGUAACGGAGGUAAGGAUGGUUUGUUCAAGAAGAUGGCAAGAACUCACUACAACAACCCAAGCAGACUGCCACUUGCAAGCAAUCAUCGUUUGCACUUGCCUUAUUGUGCUGAUUUUCCAACUCAUCGAACGACCUCAUAUCUUAACUGCCUUUGGCAUUCGACAGUUCGCAAACGCGAGCUGAUUCUGAUCCCAGUUUAAUUAGCUGUACAGCAUCAUUAGUACAGUGAGGACUGAUCGUUUAUCAAUUGCACAACAUGUUUUUCUCGAUUAAAUACAUUUCUGCUUUACCUCUUAUCUACCACAGAUCUAGCGGUUUGACAGCUCCGAAGCACUUACACCAGCAGAUACUAGAGCGCAAAGCGCAACAGCCUGAACAGACACCGCCAGCCAGCACUAUGAAGUUUUCCAUUCCCAUGCCCGGUGGUGGUACCGGGCUGGCCCUUUUCUCCAAGCUAAUCCGCACGAAAGAUUUGCGCAAGCUGCAGGAAGAGGACCCCAACAGUACAAAGCCCAAGCUAACCAAAUGUCUCACCACACUCGAUCUGACCUCGCUCGGAGUGGGCUCUUGUUGUGGCACCGGUAUGUACCUGGUGGCCGGAAUGGUCGCGCGAAACAUCGCCGGACCGGGAGUAGUGCUUAGUUUUUUCAUAGCAGCCGUAGCUAGUAUAUUUUCAGGCGCCUGCUAUGCUGAGUUCGGUGUUCGAGUGCCACACACGUCCGGAUCCGCGUACAUGUAUUCUUAUGUUUCCGUGGGAGAAUUCGUAGCGUUUGUUAUAGGAUGGAAUAUGAUAUUAGAAUAUUUAAUUGGUACGAGCGCGUGUGCCUGCGCCCUUAGUGCAAGCUUCGAUUCACUAUCGGGCGGCUUCAUAGGUAGAAGCAUAGCAGCAUCAGUGGGGACCAUAUUCGGGCGGCCACCGGAUUUCAUCGCAUUCGGCAUUACACUCGUAAUGACGUUCAUACUGGCACUCGGUGCCAGCAAGUCGGUGCUCUUCAACAACGUUCUCAACACGGUGAAUCUUGCAUCGUGGGUAUUUAUACUAACCGCAGGCUUGUUUUACGUCGACACCAACACCUGGACCGAGCACGAGGGCUUUCUGCCUUUCGGCUGGAGUGGGGUAUUUACCGGUGCAGCCACUUGCUUUUACGCCUUCAUCGGGUUCGAUAUCAUUGCAACUACCGGCGAGGAGGCUCACAAUCCGCAGAAAAGCAUUCCAAAAGCAAUCGUAGGUUCACUAGUUAUCGUCCUGAUAGUGUACGUUACCAGCAGCUUCAUCCUUACAUUAGUUGUUCCUUACGAUCACAUCGACACUGGAUCGGCGUUGGUGCAAAUGUGGACCUACGUUGGAGCGCCCAAGUGUCGAGCGUUGGUUGCAAUCGGUGCCACCGCCGGACUCAGUGUGGCGAUGUUCGGUUCUAUGUUUCCAAUGCCGCGCGUAAUCUAUGCAAUGGCACAAGACGGUCUAGUGUUCCGACAGCUUUCGCAGCUAUGGGCAAAAACCGGUGUUCCCGGUAUUGCCACGAUCGGCAGUGGUAUAGCGGCAUCUCUAGUUGCUCUUACCGUUCAGCUCGAAGUUCUGGUUGAGAUGAUGUCCAUUGGAACGCUGCUAGCUUACACGCUCGUUUCGACCUGCGUCUUGAUCAUGCGCUACCAACCCCAUAGCACCUCGCUGGUUGAUCUACUUCCCGCACAGCUUCGCACACCACAACCACCGAGUACUCCGGAUCCUACUAUCCAGCAGCGGGUUAAAGCGAACGUUAUGGUGAAGAAAAUUAUGCGCGGAUCGCCCGACUCCGACGAUAGCUAUGGUGAAGAAAGUCCCGAAGAAUACAUGGGUCGUGACGAUCAGUUCCUGGUUUCGGACCGUACAGAGAACAAAUUUUAUGGUGCAGUGCACGGAGCAUCACAAGUCGGAGAUGACACUUUCUCGAUAUGGGGAUGUGAUUACCUUGGACGUAAGAUUCAGCAAUAUUCCUACCUUUGUCCGGGAUUCUUCCCUUGGAUUAAACCCGGGCCGGCAACGCACGAAACAGGAAUGUACGUCACGAAGCUAGUAGGACUGAUGUAUGUGUGCAUAUUUUUGCUCGAUCUCUUCAUGGCCAUUGGUCUAACGGGGACGUUGUUUUCGCUAGCGUACACCGUACUAGUGGUGAGCAUAAUUUGGAUUUUGCUCAUCAUUUCGCGACAACCUCAAAAUCGAUAUGCACUAUCGUUCCUCACGCCUGGACUUCCAUUUAUUCCCACGAUCGCAAUUACGGUAAACAUUUAUCUAAUAUUCAAGCUGAGUAUUCUUACCCUGGUACGGUUUACCGUUUGGAUGACACUCGGGUUGAUCAUGUACUUCUACUAUGGCAUAACGCACAGCUCGCUAGAGAACCCGAGUGAAGAGUUUGAACUAACCGUCGAUAAUAAUGGCACGAGUGCCCCGAAUCUUAACCUGGAUGUUCCUCCUACUACCAAUACCAAGCCUAAUAAACGCAAGCAUACCGAACCUGUCUGGGAUCGUCAUGGCUAUGAGAACCGCAUGGCCACGAAUGAUGAAGGCGAGUAUCAGUGGUCUACAACGAACCAGCAGCAUAACAACACCAACCCAUACAAUUGGAACUCCAACGAUGCUUGGGGUGAUCGAACAAUCUACGAUCCUCCUCCACAGUCGACGAACAUUUUCCAACCUCCGCCAUCAACGAUAACCGCGACAUCUGCUCGUCCGACUUCCGAAGCUAAAAAGGAUGGAUUCGGUAUGUUUUACAACGAGUCUGCUACAUACCCAACAUGGGACGACUAAAGCAAGCCGCGUCUCGCAUCCCUUCACUGUACAUAAUGCACGCUGGCACCGUUCGAGACACCUACACUCCGAAGCAAUCCAAUCACCAUGCAUCUCCCAAGACAAGCGUCCGUCAUCUGUUUCGUACGGUGGAUAUGUGGUUUUGAUUUAAACUUGCCGCUAUCUCCUAAUCACAGCGUAUUAUGAUUGCAAUAUUUUUCCUUCCAUAAGAAUUCCAAAAGAUAUUUCCUACAUACGAGAACUUUGUACAUCGUGAACAGUUCUUAACCCUAUGAUCAAGUGAAGAAUGUGAUAAAAUGCAGACACUCUAAAGGAAAAAGAUAUACACAUAAAAAAGGUAACUGCAACAUAUCCCUAUAUUAAGUUAGAAUUAUUAGCCAGGGGGGUUUGUAGAAGACUACUUUUGAUUUCUAUCGGCAGCUAUGGACAAUCUUGGGAUGUACUAUUUUUUCGACCAUGUAACAUUAGGUUACCUGUUUUUAAAUUGUACCGUGUACUUGUUAGAGAUCAAUUUACUGUAGAUACUUUCAAUUUAAAAGUUCAUAGCUCCUUGCAAAGCAAUUCAGCGUUCCAAUGUUCCAAAUUGAGUUCGAGUUGAAACUUGUGUUACUGAAGGAGAAUAUAACAGCGCAGCUACCUUUUACGACAGCACCGAGAGACAGGAUAUAUUGACCGGGUUUCUUCUCGAAGUAUAAAAAAUAUUAAUGCUACGAUCUACAGCUAAAUCUACCUGAUAUAGGAAAGGCAAUCAGACCGAAUCGUGUGUAAUUUAGUGUAGUUAAAUAGGGGUGACAUUCUCUAACGAACGAUCGCGUUCAUCGCGCACUGUAAAAUUAGCUCACAUUCCAAAUUAUGACACUCACGUGUACAUUCCUUAUGAUCACUUCUCAUCUUCAGCGCAUGCAUGUAAUAAGAUGGUGUUACCCUGAAGUAGCACGUCGUAUCUUUCUUGCAACAGCAUUAAUCGACAUGGCGGGCGGUUCACAGCCAACCCAAACUAAUAGUGCGUUAGCGCAAUUGGGGAGAGGAAGUGUGCGGAUUUUAGAUAGUUAGCUAGCCCUUCGAGGAUUUAUGACGGCAACAGCAGUGAUUUGAUGUAAGCGAAAGGAACGCGUAUGAAGCAUCCUAGUUGAUGAAUGAGCAUCGGAGGGUUCGCUUAAGAAAAUUCUAACACUUAUACAUAUUAAAACCGAUUGUAAGAUAUAUACGCAUGUGCCAUGAGUAAAGCUAGAACGUAACAGUGAGAAUCACUGGUCACAUUGGGCAAUGUAAAAAGAACAGCAAGGACAUCGUCGAUGUUCCAAUGCAGCUACUGGAGCUACUAGAGGAUGUAGCUCAUUAUGUUACGUUUAACAAGAUGGAUUUAAAAUAACAAAGUUUGUUCAUUUUCCGAUUCUCUACCAGUUGUCUAUGGUAACACAAGAUGUAUUUAUCUAAUUCGUUAUCCGAAUGUAGGAUCAUGAUUCGCUAUGUUCAUAAAGAAAAACCAUUACUUUUAACCACGGAAACUUGCAAAACUUGUUAAACAUUGCUUCCGUUUUAAUUUUCCAUAAUCAUACUCCUAAAAGCAGUCGAAAUAUCUUAGCAUGUAAAAAAGAAGGCAAAGCAAAGUGAUGAUAGUCCUUUUAUUUUGUUAUUUCCCCAACCAACCAUAUACGCCAGAACCAGUCAUCACAGAUUAAAAACAUUCCAGUAACUUUCAAUACACGCGUUCAAAAGUGGUUCAUACAUCGUAAAAUAAACAUAAAAAUAGACAUUACGUAUGCAUACGCAAAAAACAAGUGAGAAAUCAGUAUCUUUCAUCAAAUUAAGUGAUAUUUUACUGUUGAAGUUGUUGAUUGAGUAACAUAAUAAUUAUAAUGAUAAUAAAAAAAAACAUAUAUACAUAAUUAUAUCGAUGAAAACAAUGAUCGAGCACGCAUGCACGAAGGGAUCCAAAGGAUAGGGGAAGCGAUAUAACUAUUACUAUCUACGCAUUGUUAAGCUGUACAUUUUCGUCGUAAGAAAUUUCCUCUAAUUCACUGCAUACACAUAUAUUCAUUCGGGAGCGUUUAGUGACUAUACAACUGCUCGAUCGCCAUAACAUCAACAUAAACCACCGUAGCGUCGAAAUGUGUGUAUGUGUGUUUGGUAGAGACUGCUGACAAAACCAUUGAAAAAGCCACUUAAGCUCAUCGUAUUAAGUAGUACACCAAGCAGAGUCAGUAAAUUGUUGGUUCGAAGGAUUACCAAUGCAAAAGAAUGUGGUUGGCAGCUAACACAAGGCAAAAUAUCAUUUUACUUCGUUGCUGAUAUUACAUUCUGAUCAUUCCACGAUCACUGUUACCAUUACUGUCGUCAAUAUUAACAACCAAUCGUAACUGUAACACAUACUAAAAAUGGGACUUGAAACACGAAAGAUGCACUUUCGGUAGGCAGAUGCCAACUUUUACCGUUCAUGCUAAGCGAUAUAUUUAUUAAACAAUAUCAAAAACAAGCAAACCUACAGUUGGCAGCACAACCAAACUAUCGUUCCACAUGCGGUCUCUUUCGCAUCGAAUCGAAUUUGCAGAGCGAUAGCGAAUAAAAAAAAAGUUUUGACUUUUCUAAGUGUGAUAUUUACCUGUACACUUUUCAAAUAGAUUAAACGGACUAUUAUGCAAUACACUCGUACAUACCGUAACACAUCAGCCGUCAAGAUGCUCUUAACUAAACACGAAACAAGCAGCUGGCCAGGCACGCACGUCGCCACUUGUCCACAUUUACUUGAGCAACUAAACCCAAAGGAUUUAAUGUACAAAACUUAAUACAAGUGCAAGAAAUAACAAACAACCGAUUGCGAAUGCAUGAGGAACUGGAGCAGUUAAACUACCAAAUGUGCAAAACAUGCAAGGAAAUGCAGCAUUCUGACGAGCAAGUACACCAUAGAUCGAUAGUAGAGAAAUGGAAGUAAAACUACAUUUGCCUAGCCAGCAGGGAUAUGUAUGUUUGCGCAAAAGCCGAAAGGACCGAACAAAACAAGCUCCAGUUAUUAUAUAAAUAUACACAUAAAGUAUAUACAUAUAUACUUAUACAUAUAUAGCUAGUACGUCUAUUUCAAUUUUUCCUCCAAGCGCUAGUCACCCAAGCGCCAGUUCUACCCAGUGUACUUCUUUACGUGUGUAGCCAUCAUAAAACGAGAAUCAACAACAAUUAUGCCACAACCAUAGGAACCGACUUACGCAAACUAGCAACAAAACAUGAAGGGAAACGUUAAAAAGCGAAGCAAACCCCGAUAAAUUAACUAUGUUGGGAGAACCGGUUAGAAGAAAGUCUAUCAAAAUAACUAAAAGAUUAGAACAUGCGAAUGUGUGUAAUUAAUUAAGUUGAACAGUUGAACACUUUAAGAAGAAGAGAUACGUGUUUGUUGAGUUAUCUUAGUGUAAACAUACGCAUAAGCACGUGCAUGUCGAUGGCAUCACUAUGCAAACAGUAUAUAUUGCCGGCAUGCAGAUCCAGUCAUUAAACUACCCUUUAAACUAAGAACAUCCUUGCAAAACUUUUGCAAUGCGGUCGGAUUUAGGAUUAAAUCAGUUGAAAUGAAAGAGUAAAAUGAAACAUUACGCAAGCAUAUGCAGCAACAGGAACACUAAGAGUACAUACAUAAACUAAAGGGUGAAACAAGAAAGGAAAUAUAAAAUGCAAUAACAUUAAAACGA